AGAAGGUCAGGAGGAGCUCAAGAAUCAGCUUUGCUGAAAAAGCCUUGGCAGGAGGAGCGUGGCUUAAAAAACAUUAUCUAGGCUAUCUUGAAAAAAAAAAUUUUUUUUGAGAAAUUCUCAUCCAAUCUAGUGGUUGCCAAAAUUGUAACAGUUAAAUUAGUCUCUAGGUAAUAGAAAUAUUAUAUUUUAUGAGGUUUGUUAAAGAUUAUUAGAAAUCAAGGAUACAAAAUAAUAAACCAUGUGCCUAGGGCUGAUUAGCCUAUUCACCACCUACUUAAUACACAUUGCAAUGUCUGAGUAGAGGAAGAGGCCAAAGUAGGCAUUACAGCCAGUUUAAAUACUAAUUGUGAUCUCGCCCAGGUGGGGACUUAGGUAAGAUUAUAAGGAAUUCUGGGAAGUACCAAAGACUUCUGGGGAUUGAAGUCUGGGGUUCAAAUCUCCAUUUUUACAUUAUCUAGGUCAAAUGGCUCUCCCUUUUUUUUUCUGUUACCUAUUCUUCUUAUACUUGGAUAAUACUUGUUCCAGUGCCAUUCCCUUUGAGAUAUCCCUUCUUUGGAGAUAUUUUAUUUGGUUAAUAUAUUUACUUAAAAAAUGAACCAUUGAGUAAUCUGAUUUUUUCUUGUUUGGCUGCUAACAUUUUUUUCUCCUUUGAAAAUUGAAAAGUUGUUUGUAAAAUUGGGCUUCUAAGAUAAUGAUGUAAUUAAUUUGAGUUUUUAAAUCUUAUUUAGGACUGCUUACUUUCUACAAGCAGAGAGAGGGGUAGCAAAUAAUUUGAACUUGUGAUAUUAGCAGAAUGGGGCUUUUUGCCUAUAAAAAUUCCUUCUGAUUUUGAUGGGACACUGAGAGCUUAAGUGACUUGCUUACAACCCCACAAUACUUAUCUUAUUAGAAGCAUUAUUUGAAUUUGGACCUUUCUCACUCAAGCUGAUUUUUUUAUUACCUAUAUAGGCCCCAUUGCCUCUUUUAGAUAAGAUUAAUCAUGACAUAUAAAGCUAUAUACACUAGCUUUUCCAACCACCUCAUUUUUCACAUGAGGAAAAUGAGUCCCAGAUAGGUUAAAAUGACUUGCCCAAGGUCAUAGGUAAUAAAUAUCAUGUGUUGGAUUUGAUCUCUACUCCAGAGUCAGUGCUUUCUAUCCAAAUAAGGAACAAAAUAUUGUUCUUUAAAAAUUCGUGAUAGAAUAUUAGCUCUCUUUAACUCAUCUUACUUGUUAAAAGGAAAUGAUAUAAUUCUUUUUUUGAAAACAGGAAUACCAAAUCUGGAUAAAGUAACUUUUCCUUUAUCUUGUAUCUCCUGAAAUUAACUCCAUUUAAAAUCUGUAUCAUUGUGACAUUAAAUUAUUUCCAUUAUGUUUCUUAGAGUUACUGUAUUUUAGUAUGAUUAAUAAAAGCAAUUCGUUUUCUACAGCCAUUUAAAAAAUCAUGGAAAAACCCCAGGAAAACAAAAAUCUAGUUCCAAUAACAAACCGUAACUUAUUUAUCGUACUUUCUUUUAUUAGAUGUUUUGGAUUUAAGCCAGCCGCAAAUCUAACCUGCAAAAAUCUCAUCCAAAGAAGUAGGUUUUUGAGAAUACUCCUAAUAAUGUGAUUUCAAAAUACUAACAGAUAAAGGCAGUUUAUCAGCAUAAAUUUUACAGAUCUUAUUCAAAUGACUGCAUAGAAAGGGCAUGUUACUCUUUUUUUUUUUAAGGUACUAAUCGAGGACAUAUUAUUCUCAAGUUGAAAAUAUCUUGAAUUUUCCCUCAAAAUCUUCCUUCAGAAAAAGUGCUUUAAAACCUCAUUUGGGGGAUAUUAGAAAUUUUGAGAUUUGUUCUUUUAGGUGUGUAUUAGAGAGCAGUCAUAUUUUAGUAUGAAUGUAAUUUAUCUUGUUAAAUUAUGGAUCAUUCUAUAAGGAAUUAAAAUUAAGGGUUUGACUAAAAUAUAUGAAACAUAAGUAAUAUGAUAGUCACCAAUUUAAAAUAUUAUAGCACAAGUCAAAAUGACUUUCAGUAGUUUUUAUUUACAAAAUAGGUAGAGAGAAUGAAAGUUGAGAAAUACAGAAAGGGUAAAGAAGAUAUUUAGCCUAUCACACUAAAUAUUGCUCCAGUGCUUUACUCACCAUGACUUGUUAACACUUGACUGGAAUUAAUCUCUUUCCUGAAGUCAGGAAAGGAAAGUCAGCUAUUCACUCAUCAAAGUUCCCUCCAAGAGUCAGUUUGAACUGAAGAAGACGAUCUGUCAAAGACAACUCCUGAAGCCAACCUCUAGUCCCAGAAAUUCAGGGCUUUUAUAGUGACUUCUUGUCCUUUCCGUUCUUCACAGGGGCCAAUCACAGCUUUCAAAUUGUCUAGCACUGCCCAGAAGGUCAGUGUCUUGCAGGAUCCACUUUGUAUCCUCUGGAGGUGUAAACUCUUAUCUAAAGGAUUCACAAUUUCCUGACUGAUUGAGUUAUUACCUACUUUAGCCCAUUUUGACUUACAAACAUUCUCAUUUAGUAUCUGAUGAAGAUAUUGAUGAUGAAGAGUUUUAUGAUGAUCAUUUGGAAGCUUAUUUUCAACAAUUAGCAUUCCCAGAAAUGCUAAGUGAAGAUCAAGAAAAACAGGAACUUCCAGAAUCUAGCCCAGCUUUUAGGAUAUCAAUUGAUCAUCUCAGUGAGGUCAAUGAAAAUAAUAGACCAAACAGACCUAGAUCAGAAGAUUGCGCCUCUGUGUAUUCUCUUGGAACGCAAAUUGUUAUGAAAUCUAUACUUAAUUCCAGACAAGAUGGAAAGGAUCUUAUUGCUCCAGUUGUUUCUGAAAAUGAAAACUGUAUUGAAAAAAAUAAAGGAAAUAUGGAUAAUAUGCCAUUGUUUUCUUCUGAUCCAUGGGAAAUUGAAAAAAACAGACCAAGAGAAGAAGAUAAUACUUUAGUAUAUAAUUCUUCAGUGGAUAAUGUUACAUAUUGUGAGGACACGAAUAUUGAUCAAGGUAAUUUUGAUCUUUACCCCUUAAAAUUGGGGGAACAGUCCACUCAUCAGAAUAGUACUUUAUCAUCAGAUUCUGAAGCUCUCUUGCCCUUAACUGAUGAAUCCUUAGAAGAUUUCAUAACUCCUAAAAUAGCUGUGCAAAAAAAUGUGGAUGCAAAUUCUUUGGAGCCUCAUGAUAAUGAUCCUUUCUGGUCAUCUACUAUUGAAAGAAGAAUUUGUCAGAAUUGGACCUCUACUGAAAAUAAUGAAAAAGGUGAUCUACCACAUAGUGUGGUCUAUCAAAAUGAAGAAGGUAAAUGGGUGACUGAUCUUGCUUAUUAUACUUCUUUUGAUGAAAAACAAGAUUUAAAUCUUUGUAGAGAUAAUGAAGUAAAUGAAGAAUUCAGAACUGGAUCUGAAGCAAUGGCUUUGAUUAUACAAGAUGAAAAAGAAUUUGAAAGAGAACACAGAUUUAUGCAGGAAGAGAAAAUAGAUCUUCAGAACACAUCAGGUGCCCUAGGGGAUACAUCAUGGAAUGCAUCUGUUAAUUAUAAUCUAUUAAGGAGAUCACUAACCACAUCAGAUAUGACUGGUAAUGAUGCCAGCUACUUGCGGCUUUCUUUAGGGGAGUUCUUUGGUCAGAGAUCUGAAGCGCUUGGCUGCCUUGGCGGGGAUUUUAAUGUAAAAAGGCCAUCGUUUGGUUACUUUAUUACAUCUCCAGAAAAAAGAGAACCUGUAGCUCUAUUGAGGGAAUCUGAUGUAUCAGCAGACAAUUUAGAGCAAGAUCAAGAGCAGCAUGUUCUCUUCUCAGAAAGUGUAAAAGAAAAAUUCAAGGAGCCAGUGUAUGAUGAAUCAACUACAUUUAACACUGAUGAUUUGGAAACCCCUUCAGAAAUAGAUGAAAAUGAUAUAAUUUUUAAAGGAAGAACAGAGGACAUUUCAGUCAUCAAAAGCAAUAGUGAAAGAUGUGAGGACAAGAUUCCUGAUUGUAAUGAUACUAUACCCAAUAUAAGUACCAUUGCUUCAGCUAUUGCUAAUGCCUCAGUGAGUGCUGAGCCUUCCCAAUUAGCUGCUAUGAUAAUGGCACUUUCAAAUAAAAGCAAACAGAAUACUUUUCUAGAAGCUAGUAAAGUGAAGGGCUUAACUCUCGUGAAUCAAAUGUUACCUAGUCAUGCAGAAAAUAAUGGAAAUGAUACAUUUGAUAUGGAGAAAUACCUAAAAAAAACAGAAGUUAGUAGAUAUGAAGGCAGUUCUGAUAAUUUUUUGAGAACUGGGUUAUCUGGUACCUGGGAUUUAUCCUUAUCCAGUAAUCCAACCACACAAGAUUUUCUUGAGAUAGAUUUACACACUGACUGUGUGAAUGUAAGGGAAACAGAGAAAAAUCCAGAUGUUAUCUUUAAUAAAGAAACAGAAAUAGAGAAUAAGGCAUCAUUGGGUGCAUCUGAUUUAAGUAAAAAUAUUGUACAACGCUGGGGUAAGAAACAGUGUGUGGAAAACACUGACAAAAUUAUUGCUGAACAUUUGUCACCCAAACAAAUCUUGGCAUCAGGAAAAAAUAUAAGACAAUCCUUAAUGGAUGAUACUUCUGAAAAUGAACGGUCAUUCAAAGCUACAUCUUCCUUAGCAACACAGAUUGCAAGCAAAGCCACAAAUCCCCUAAACUCACUCCUUUCUAGUGGAGAUAGAGCAACAGUUAAUAAGAUGUUUUCCAUGAAUGCCAGAAUACCAGAUGUUAGUACAGGUGAAAAGCCCAAUAUGAUUAGCACCCCGAAGCCUGGUAGUUAUUUGCCAGUAAGAAAGUCCACUGCUGUAUUCAGCUUGACACCUGCAGAAUAUAAAGAAAUAAAUGAUAGUAGAGAAACCCAGAUUCAAAGCGAGGAUGAUUGUGAGCCAUACAGCAGUGAAAAGCAUGUGACUUUUCCCAAAAAUAUUGGAACAAACCAUUGUUUAACCAAUUUGAAAAACACCUCUUCUGAACGGGAUGCACAGCGUUUAGAAGAUGAACAGUUAAGCUUUAGACCUUCAACUUCACCACUGAUUCAUUCUUCUCCUAGUGAAAUUCCUGAAACACCUACUUCAGGAACUGAAUCACAUUUUGUUAGCUCAUCAGGUCAUCUUCAGAGACCUUGUGAUAGUGCAUUACCUCAGUCUGUAUGCUCAAGUCCUAGUAUGGCUAGGUUAACCUACAUUUCUGUCUAUGACAAUACCUCUCAUAUAGCUGUUGAAGAUAUUUCUGAGAAAAGUCAGAGCACUGCUCCCAGUGAGCUGAGCACGACAAUUGUUCGAGCCAGCCCAAUUCCUUUGGCAGAACAGACUAUGGAUAAUGUUAAAGAGAAGGAACCAUUACAAAGUAGUGAUAAAGUCUCAAGUAUUAAUUCAAACAUCUUGGAUAAGAAUGUGGAAAUAGAUCUGCCUGCUCCUUCUGAUGACAAAACUGAAGAUCCACUAUCAAAAUCCAAAGUUUUUGCACACUGUCUUAAAAGUGGUCAACCAUUUCUUCAUAAUGAGUUGGGCCAAGUAAUUGGGCCCUUACCAAGUAAAACAUGUCUUUUCCAUCCAGCUUUGUCAUCUAAGAUAGAUACACCUCUGCCUUGCCAGGACUGUGUGACUCAGAAUCAAGAAUUGACCUCUACAAAUAUGUUACCUCCAUUCAGUGGUUUUAGCAGCCACAUUCAGUUACCUCAGAAUACUUCAUGUGAUCAAUAUGUGCCAGUUCAGAGCUUAAAUUCUCAGGACCUUACUUCUGAAACACAGGCUUUCUCUGGUGCAGUUCCCACACUCCUUCCUAAGAAAUCUCUUACAACACCAAUUGCACAGCAGUAUUUGGGGACUAUAUCAACAGGAAAUGUUGCUUUGUCUCAGUAUCAUAUUGGUAGUUCUACAGUUUAUGGUCAUUCAGGAGGAUUUCCCUGUACUUCCAUUUCAAGAGAUCACAUUCACAAUUCUGUUGCAGUGGGCAUGUGUCUAGGAAAUAAUGUUGGUUCUGGAUUAUUCGGUCCUACUUCCCUUUGUAAUGCUCAUUCAAACACAUUAAGUCAAAAUCUUUUGAGUACUGUAAAGCCAUUUCCUGGGCCACCCAUUGGAACUUAUGGAAUUGAACCGUGGGAAUCACAAGUUGCAUCAGAAUUUGGGAAGGUCAGAGUACCUGAAGAGUUAAAGUUUCCUCAUGCAUGUUGUGUGGGCAUUGCUUCUCAAACCACUCUUAGUAUUUUUAAUCCAACUGAUCGUUGGUUACAGGUUACCAUUGGAACACUUAGCAUUACUAUCAAUGGUGAAAAGGUUGAUUUCUCAACAUGCCAUUGUUUGGUUUUUAAAAAUAAAACUGUUAUAGGACCACAUGCUACAGAAGAGAUAAAAUUUCUUUUCAUGCCAACCCACCCUGGGAUUUUUAGAUGCUUGUUAAGAGUUUCUUCCUGGCCUGUUUCGUCAGAUUCGGACACAAUAGCACAGGCAGAAGCUUUAGCAAGUAAGGUUGUCUUAACAGCUCUUGCUGAAAAUCCUGUUGUGGAGGUGGAGCCAAUCAACACAGACUUCCUUGAUUUUGGAGAUCUAACUUAUGGAAGUUGGAAAGUUCUCCCAUUAAAGUUGAUAAACAAAACUCAUGCUGUUGUUCCAAUUAGACUUAUCAUCAAUGCAAAUGCUAUAGCUUGGCGUUGCUUUACAUUUUCCAAGGAACCAGUUAGUCUUUCUUUGGAGACUGCUCUUCAGAGCGAUGUAAUUACUCAGCAUAAUGUUCCUUCUGUUAUAAACCAUAUGAUGUAUGCCAGCCGUGAUGGACAUGAUCCAGAAUUUCUGAAGAUUUGGGUUAUUUUCCAUGCUCCAAAAAAACAGAUCUCUGCUUCAGAGAACCUGGGCCCAGCAGAAGAAUUUUUGGCAAGAAUUGAUGUGGAAGUUGAUAGCCCAAGCCCUACUACUGUUAUAAAAAGUGUUGCUCUUCGCGCAAGAGUAGGAAUAGCCAGGAUUCAUGCUCCAAAAGACUUGCAGAGAAUGUAUUUGUUUGCUUGUGUGGGUUCAUCAGCAAGGCAAUUCUUGCCUUUGAAAAAUGCUGGAAAUAUCAAUGUCUACUUAAACAUUAAGAUUUCAGAUCAACUGAGUCACUUUUCUGUAGACCCAGAGAAUCUCUUUCUUAAACCUGAAGAAGAACAAGAAGUUGCAGUUUCAUUUGCCCCAAAGGAGUUCAAAAUUUAUGAAGACAGACUCUUGAAAAUACUGGUGCAGCCAUCUGGGCCUCAGUAUGAAGUAGUGUUGAAAGGUGAAGUAGAUUCUUCAGGAAACAAAUAUAAGAUACCCGCACCUUCCUCUCACUACUCAGAUGUUCCACCUGUUUUAUCUAACAAGCAGUUCAUGAUGUGGGGAGGUGUCGCACUUGGAAGAAUACAUCUGCAGAAACUAGCACUCAGAAAUAACUCUUCAUCUACAACCCAGCAUUUGCGUCUGUUGAUAAGAGGACAGGAUCAGGAUUCUUUUCAGCUUCAAAAUACUUUUAGUUUAGAAGAACGACUAACAAGUAACUGUGAAAUCAGAAUUCGCCCAAAAGAGGAUAUUAACAUCUAUUUAAUGUUUGCACCAACCCGAAUAUCUUGUAUGCUGGCUAAACUUGAAAUUAAACAGCUAGGAAUUCGAUCACAACCAGGCAUUAAAUUCAGUAUACCAUUGUCUGGAUAUGGAGGAACAAGUAAUCUUAUUUUGGAGAAUGUUAAGAAACUCUCAGAUAGUUACAUGGUAACAGUAAAUGGCCUAAUUCCUGGAAAAGGAAGUAGAGUUCUUUUCUCUGUGAGAAAUACAGGUUCUAGAGCGGCUUAUGUUAAGGCAAUAUGUUUUAAGGACUCUCAAGCAAAAGUUAUGUUGGAUACUCAAGAGAUGAGGAUUUUGCCAGAUAAAUUUGUACUCAAAGAUGGAGGAGAAGAGACAAUCACUUUAAUAUAUAAUCCAACUGAAAAGGAGAAAAAUUGUCAAACUGCAACAUUAUUGUCAACAAUAUAUUUCUUUGGUGGAGAUGAAAUAUCAAGACAGCAAUAUCGAAGAGCUAUGCUACAUAAGCCAGAGGUGAUAGAACAAAUACUUCCAGAACAUUGCUUGCUAAAGAAUAUUUGUUUUGAUGAAGCAUUUCAAAAUGAGCAGCUAAUAACUGAAGUGUAUGAUCUUCCCGAAAGGCCAAAUGAUGUCCAGCUCUUUUAUGGAAGCAUGCGCAAAAUAAUUCUUUCUGUAAUUGGUGACUUUAGUGCUACAAGUUCUAAUCUUGGUUCACUUCAGCAUUGUUUAAAACACAACUUAUCUUCUGACAGUGAAUCCAGAAAUUCUGAAAGGCAUAUCAACAAUGUUUCUUUGGAUGUUCUUCCAGUUAAAGGACCUCAGGGUUCUCCCCUUCCUUUAAAACCUGCUGCUGAACCAGGUCAAAAUACAUUAAUUUCUCAACAAACAUGGACUGUUCAACCAGAGCACUUAAUUCUGAGUGCUCCUUCUGUUUGUGGCAUGACAAAAACUGGUCACAUACAUAUCUUAAAUAAUUCUGUUAGGUCACUGAAAUUUGAACUCUCUUGGCCAGCUCAUUGUCUUACAGUAACACCACAACAUGGAGUUAUUAACCCAGAGAGUAGACUACUAAUUCUUGUAAGUCCUAAUUCAUCAUUUGGCACAAAGCCCUCAGCAUUUCCAUGGAGUGGUCUGAUCUAUAUACAUUGUGACAAUGGAAAAAAGAUUGUAAAGGUACAAAUUCGAGAAGACAUUACUCAGGAAGGUCCUUCAACCCACUUGGCCUUUAAACCAUUUUUAACAUCUGAGUCUCCAGUGAGUUAUAUGGUAAAACCAAUUACAAAACCAGCCUCCACAAAAGUUGAAAUAAAAAAUAAAACCAUCGCUUUUCCUGAAACAGAACGUGGUGAAACUUCAGAAAAUUAUCUGGAACUUGAAAAUAAUGGUGAUGAAGAAGCGAAGUGGAAUUUGUCAUCUUUUGCUCCAACUUAUGUCAAGGAUGUUGAUGAAAGCGGAGAUGUCUUUAGAGCUACUUACACAGCUUUCAGAUGUUCUCGUAUUUCUGGUACUUUGGAAGGUCAUGGAAAACAAAAGAUUGCUAUCACUUUUUUACCAAGAGAUAAAGGAAAUUAUGCUCAGUUUUGGGAAGUUGAGUGUUAUCCCAGUGCAGAACCUCACAUGAAACAUGCACUGAGAUUUCUGCUAUCUGGAGUGGGUAUUGGGCCAGAAGCUGGUUCAGAAAAAGUGUCUACCCAUGCUCUGAUAAAAACAGAUAAUCUAUGUAGGCCCAGAAAACGAACUGGCUCUGAGGCUUCUACUUUUGUACCUCGGCAAGUUGAUGUGGCUCAGCGAGGAGUUUAUGCCCCACAAGAUGUAUAUGUAUUUCUUCCAGUUAGAGUUGGAGAAUCAAGAACUGUAAAAGUUAAUUUACGGAAUAAUUCUUUCUCUACUCACUUGCUGAAGUUUUUAAGUCCCAGAGAGCCUUUCUCCGUCAGGCAUUCAAAAUAUUCUUUGAGAGCUCAGCAUUAUAUCAACAUGCCAGUCCAAUUCAAACCAAAGUCAGCAGGGAAAUUCAAAGGUCUCUUAGUGGUUCAAACAGAUGAAGGCAAAAGUGUUGGUAUUCAGCUGGUUGGUGAAGCUCUUGAAAAGUUCUAACUGGAAAGCAGUUUGUGGAAAAUAAAUUGUCAUAAUAGCUUCUUUUUUCUAUGUCAAAAUUAUAAUGCUUUUGUAAAUGUUUUGUAUUAUAAAUUGAGCUGUUUAACCAUUUUGUUUUUGCCCUAAUAUUGAAGACAACUGAAAUAUCAUGUUUCUCUUACAUUAUUGCACAUGUUUCUACAAAGGAGAAAAAUGUUCUAUUUUUACAUUUUACAUUAAUUAUGAUUUGCCAAUAAAGAUGUAUUUAUUUUAAUGCACUA